GUGCCUGUCUCAUGGUUACAGAUGUCUUAGCCAGAAUCUCUGUUCUCCGCGUCCUGCUUUCAGUUUACCUUCCUUCGAAGUUUCCACUUCAAACCACCACCGAUCUCAACUUCCCCACACUCCCUAACCUCCGAUGACAAACGUUCUCAACCCAACUCAACACGACGUUACCAUACCCAACUCUCUCAAUUCAUUCCUCGGACUUUGAUCUUCUUUUUUCUGCAUCUGGGUCUCUUUCUCUCUCUCCAAAAUUGAAUCUUUCUCGUCUGGGUCAUUGUUGAAUUUGCCAUUUCAACGUGCUGAACGUGAUGGCUUGGUUGCGUCACAAUGAGUGCUUUGAAUAGGAGCAUUUCGUUCAACAGAACUGCAUCCUUCAAUCGAAGGACUCUGGUGGGUAUUCCAAGUCCCAAAGUGAAUCAUCAUAACCGUUUCGGAUGUGUCUUUCUGAAGCUUCAGGUUAUUGUGAUCAUUGGGUUUGUGAUUUCAUUCUUUGUAGCCGUUGGUGGUGGCUACAGGUUUGUGCUUCCAAGCCUUAGCCACGCGUUUUUCCAUAGCCAAGCUCUCUUCUCUGAUCGUAGCAAUGGAUCAGUGGGAAAAUGUGAUGUCUUUGAUGGAAGCUGGGUACAGGUUCAAGGUUACCCUUUAUAUGAUGCAAAAGAGUGUCCGUUUGUGGAACAAGGAUUUGAUUGUCUAGGGAAUGGGAGGAGUGACAGGGAUUAUCUUAGUUGGAGGUGGAAGCCAAAGAGUUGUGAAAUUCCAAGGUUUGAUGUGCGUGGUGUUUUGGAAAUGUUAAGAAGCAAAAGGGUUGUCUUUGUUGGUGAUUCAAUGAGUAGGACACAGUGGGAGUCUUUGAUCUGUAUGCUGAUGGCUGGGGUUGAUGAUAAGAGAAGUGUUUAUGAAGUGAACCAGAAUAAGAUAACAAAGCGGAUUAGGUUUUUAGGGGUUCGGUUCAGUGCCUUCAAUUUCACUAUUGAGUUUUUCCGCUCGGUUUUCCUGGUGCAGCACGGUAGGAUGCCUAAACAUGCUCCAAAAAGGGUCAAAUCAACACUUUUAUUGGACAAGUUGGAUGAUAUAAGUGACCAUUGGGUUGAUUCAGAUAUUCUGAUAUUCAACACUGGGCAUUGGUGGGUGCCAUCUAAGCUUUUUGAUAUGGGUUGCUAUUUCCAGGUUGGAAGUUCUCUGAAACUUGGGAUGCCAAUUCCUGCUGCCUUCAAAAUAGCACUUGAAACUUGGGCAUCAUGGGUUGAGAAAGAGAUUAAUAGAAAUAAAACACGCAUUUUCUUUAGGACCUUUGAGCCGUCUCACUGGAGUGACCAGACCCGUAGGACCUGCAACGUGACCCAGUACCCAACAUUAGAAAUUAAUGAAAGGGAUCAAACCUUGUUUUCGGACACAGUUUUGGAAGUUGUAAAGAAUGUUACUGUUCCUAUAAAUGUUCUCCAUGUUACUUCUAUGUCAGCAUUCCGGAGUGAUGCACAUGUUGGUAACUGGAGUGACAAUCCAUCUAUUCAGGAUUGUAGUCACUGGUGUCUACCUGGAGUACCUGAUAUGUGGAAUGAAAUUAUCCUGUCCCAACUCUUUACUGAAUAUGAAGUCCCUUUUCAGCAAAUGGAAUCAUUCAGUAAGUUCAGUUACUUUCUAAUACUCUCUCUCACUUUUUCCUGGGAGCAUAUGACAUGAUGUAAGGGUAUUCAUGAUUAGUUAAACUGAACAAGCACCCCUUAACAUUUUUAUACUCUUUUCUUAACUCAGAUGAAUUUUAGUUAUUACUUUUAUUUUAGGUUGGACACUUUACAUGUUUCCACUUUCCACUGUACUGUAACUUAUUAUGUUUUUAGUCAUAAGCUCAAGUAGAACCAUUAGCCCUUAUUCCACACCAGAGAAAGAGAUUUUCUCUUACCUUUAAUGCUUCAUUAUUUUUAGAAAAUAAUUACAUUUCACAUUUUAUUUCUGGGUGCAGAUUAGAGACUAACAUUCUUAGUAGUUGCGAUGCUGCCUCAAAAAAUUCAGAUGCCUUCUAAGAAGUAUGGAUCAUGUUGCAGUCCUGUUCUAACACCAUACAUCUGGAUCCAUCUCAUUCUGCAAUUUUGAUCCCUGCCAUCUACCACAGUUUUCUGCAAUAGUCAAAAUUGCACCAGAAUUUUGUAAAAAGUAAGCCCCAAAUACAUAUUAAGAAUUUACCAACUUUGUCAAGAAAAGAUGAGACAGAAAGUAAUUUUUUUAAUUUGCCAAUUCUUUGUAUCUCAGAAAAGGUAUUGUCUGGGAUGUAACAAAAUUUGCAUGUCAUGAUUUUUGGUUUUGGUCAUGACAAUAUUGUUGUUUUCCAU